GGAUGAGGAAGGUACCAAGCAAGGGGGAACUGCCAUCAGCUGGUUCCUACCAAGGAUAACCACCACUGCAUCUUGUUAACCUCUGCAGCCUGAGUCAAUGGGCUGCCAUGCACUUGCGAAAUCGACCGCUCUCCUCCGGGGAGUUAAGAGCAAGCAAAGCACUAACCUUGUGAGGCGACUGGAGCCUGCAGAAGUGCGAUCAGCAGAAACAUCAUUGUGGGUGCCACACCCAAGGACAGGGAUAUACUACCCCAAGGGCUUUGAAUGGGUCAUGGAGGAUGUUCCCAGUGGUGCAGCUUCAUUCCAGCAGUCAUACUGGUUCAGGACUGGGGAGGCAGAGUCAGCUAGCUCUACCACACCGAAGAACGAUGCUGCUUCCCUUGACCAUCCAUUUGUUUAAAUGUAUGACGAUAACUGGAAGAAUGCACUGGAAGAAUAACUGAAAGACAGCUCCAUGUUCCAGAGAGAAAAAAAUACACAGUUGUGCGGCCAUCACCAUCAAGCCAGGUCCAUGGAUUCUAUGGAAUACUACUUACCAGUUGUUAUGAUUCCAGUUUGCAGUAGCCGCAUCCACCAACAGAUCACGAACAAUGUCUGCCUUUCUUUUAUCUUUUUCUUUCUAAUAUUCUGUUGGUUCUACCUAAAUCAAACCUGCCCUUAACUGUACCUUUGGAACAUUCUGGAGUAGCAGUGCUUUUUUUAAUCUUGUCCUACUAAUUGUACUAAAAAUACUUUUUAAGUUUUGUUUCUCAAACUGCUAAGGGAGAAGCAAGCAUAGAAGGUCAUAAUACUGAUGCUUUAAGCAAAUUUAUAUUCAAUAAGAUUAUGCAUAUAUCCAAACUUCAGAACAUGUCUAGAGAUGAUAAAUGUACAACAUAAAUAUCAG